CCGGCCGGGGCCGAGGCGGAGUGAGAAGGCAGCGCGAGGGUCUCCUCCGCUGGUCGCGAGCGGCGCCGUCAUGGCUUGUACUCGUCCAUUAGUAUCGGUAUAUUCUGAAAAGGGGGAAGUGUCAGGUAAAAAUGUCACCAUGCCUGCUAUCUUCAAAGCCCCCAUCCGCCCAGAUAUUGUGAACUUCGUUCAUACCAAUUUGCGGAAAAACAACAGGCAACCCUAUGCUGUCAGUGAGCUUGCAGGGCAUCAGACCAGUGCUGAAUCUUGGGGCACUGGAAGAGCAGUUGCUCGUAUCCCAAGGGUCCGUGGGGGUGGAACUCAUCGAUCUGGCCAGGGUGCUUUUGGCAAUAUGUGCCGUGGAGGUCGCAUGUUUGCCCCAACCAAGACUUGGCGACGCUGGCACCGCAGGGUGAACGUAACUCAAAAGCGCUAUGCCAUCUGCUCUGCUCUGGCAGCUUCAGCCCUUCCAGCAUUGGUUAUGUCUAAAGGCCACCGCAUUGAGGAGAUUCCAGAACUUCCUCUGGUAGUUGAAGACAAAGUUGAGGGCUACAAAAAGACUAAGGAAGCUGUUCUGCUGCUUAAGAAACUGAAAGCCUGGAAUGAUAUCAAAAAGGUCUAUGCCUCUCAGCGUAUGCGUGCCGGCAAGGGUAAAAUGAGGAACCGCCGUCGCAUCCAGCGCAGGGGACCGUGCAUCGUCUACAACGAGGACAAUGGCAUCAUAAAAGCUUUCAGGAAUAUCCCAGGAAUUACUCUUCUCAAUGUCAACAAGUUGAACCUUUUGAGACUUGCUCCUGGUGGCCAUGUUGGACGUUUCUGCAUUUGGACUGAAAGCGCUUUCCGCAAGUUGGAUGAUUUGUAUGGCACCUGGCGUAAGCCAGCCACCCUGAAGAGUGACUACAACCUGCCAAUGCACAAGAUGACCAAUACAGAUCUUGGAAGAAUCCUAAAAAGCCAAGAGAUCCAAAAGGCCCUACGUGCACCAAAGAAAAAGAUUCACCGCAGAGUUCUUAAGAAGAAUCCACUGAAGAAUUUGAGAGUGAUGAUUAAACUGAAUCCGUAUGCCAAGACUAUGAGACGCAACACCAUUCUGCGCCAUGCUCGAAAUCACAAGCUCAGAGAAGAGAAGGCGGCGAAGGGGAAAGCAAAGGUUCAGGCAAAGGCUCAGGCUGCAGCUGCAAAGACUGAAAGUGCAGCAUAAAUUAUGGCAAGAUUUGGCAUUUCGUCUGCUUCAGUGCUGAAAAGGGCUGUACUGUGGAUUACAGUGAAUAAAAAACAAAUCUAUUCAGAA